GCUCCCACCCCGGCAGGGUUCUCUCGAGGUCCCCUGGGGUCGAGGGUCUCCUCGCGGGCCGGCGCGAGGCGGAGUCACGGAGAAGCUCCCGGCCGCUCGCGAGCAGCCUCGACCCGGCCCCGGCUACCGCGGCCCCUCCCUUUGCCCUUCACGGCGCCCGGCCCUCCUUGUCUGCUGCUUCCUUCUACGCCUGGGCAGCCUGCCUUCUGUCUUUAGCUGUCUCCUCCCCCGACUCUUAACACCAGAGUCUGGGUCCUGCCGUGUCCCAGAAGCCGCACGUAUAACUUGCUCGGUGGGUAACUCAUUCGAUUUCGGAGUUCUUUUAAUUCUUGUGAAAGAUUUCAAAUCCUCUAGAAGCCAAAAUGGGACACAGUAAACAGAUUAGAAUUUUACUUCUGAACGAAAUGGAAAAGCUGGAAAAGACCCUCUUCAGACUUGAACAAGGGUUUGAACUGCAGUUCCGGUUAGGCCCAACUUUGCAGGGAAAACCAGUUACCGUGUAUACCAAUUACCCAUUUCCUGGGGAAGCAUUUAAUCGUGAAAAAUUUCGUUCCUUGGAAUGGGAAAAUCCCACAGAAAGAGAAGAUGAUUCUGAUAAAUACUGUAAACUUAAUCUUCAACAAGCUGGAUCAUUUCAGUAUUACUUCCUUCAAGGAAAUGAGAAAAGUGGUGGGGGUUACAUAGUUGUGGAUCCUAUUUUACGUGUUGGUGCUGAUAACCAUGUGUUACCCUUGGACUGUGUUACUCUCCAGACGUUUUUAGCCAAGUGUAUGGGACCCUUUGAUGAAUGGGAAAGCAGACUUAGGGUUGCAAAGGAAUCAGGCUACAACAUGAUUCAUUUAACCCCGUUGCAAACUCUGGGACUAUCUAGGUCAUGCUACUCCCUUGCUGAUCAGUUAGAAUUAAAUCCUGAUUUUUCAAGACCUAAUAAAAAGUACACCUGGACUGAUGUUGGGCAGCUAGUGGAAAAGUUGAAAAAGGAGUGGAAUAUGCUCUGUAUUACUGAUGUUGUCUACAACCAUACUGCUGCUAACAGUAGAUGGCUCCACGAACAUCCAGAAAGUGCAUAUAACCUUGUGAAUUCCCCGCACUUAAAACCUGCCUUCGUCUUAGACAGAGCACUUUGGCAUUUAUCCUGUGGUGUCGCAGAAGGAAAAUACAAAGAAAGAGGAGUACCUGCUUUGAUCGAAAAUGACCAUCAUAUGAAUUGCAUUCGAAAAAUAAUUUGGGAGGAUAUUUUUCCAAAGAUUCAACUCUGGGAAUUUUUCCAAGUAGACGUUAACAAAGCAGUUGAGCAAUUUAGAGGACUUCUCACACAAGAAAAUAGGAAAACGACGAAGCCCGAUCCAAAACAACACCUUAAGAUCAUUCAGGAUCCUGAGUACCGACGGCUUGGCUGUGCUGUGGAUAUGAACAUUGCACUAGCAACUUUCAUACCACAUGACAAUGGGCCAGCCGCAAUUGAUGAAUGCUGCAAUUGGUUCCGUAAGAGAAUUGAGGAAUUAAAUUCAGAGAAGCAUCAACUCGUGAACUAUCAUCAGGAACAGGCAGUCAAUUGCCUUUUGGGAAACGUGUUUUAUGAACGACUGGCUGGCCAUGGUCCCAAACUAGGACCUGUCACUAGAAAACAUCCUUUAGUGACGAGAUAUUUUACUUGCCCAUUUGAAGAAGUGUCCCUCGCUGCAGAAGAAUCUAUGAUUCAUGUCCCCAAUAAAGCUUGUUUUCUGAUGGCACAUAAUGGAUGGGUAAUGGGAGAUGACCCUCUUCGAAACUUUGCUGAACCAGGUUCAGAUGUUUCUAGGAGAGAACUUAUUUGCUGGGGAGACAGUGUUAAAUUACGCUAUGGGAAAAAACCACAGGACUGCCCUUAUCUCUGGGAACACAUGAAAAAAUACACUGAAAUAAUUGCGACGUAUUUCCAGGGAGUCCGUCUUGACAACUGCCACUCAACACCUCUUCAUGUAGCCGAGUACAUGUUGGAUGCUGCUAGGAAAUUGCAACCCAAUUUGUAUGUAGUAGCUGAACUGUUCACAGGAAGUGAAGAUCUGGACAAUAUCUUUGUUACUAGACUGGGCAUUAGUUCCUUAAUAAGAGAGGCAAUGAGUGCAUAUAACAGUCAUGAGGAGGGUAGAUUAGUUUAUCGAUAUGGAGGAGAACCCGUUGGAUCCUUCGUUCAGCCCUGUUUGAGGCCUCUAAUGCCAGCUAUCGCCCACGCCCUGUUUAUGGAUAUUACCCACGAUAACGAGUGUCCCAUUGUGCACAGGUCCGCAUAUGAUGCUCUGCCAAGUUCCACGAUUGUUUCCAUGGCAUGUUGCGCUAGUGGAAGUACUAAGGGCUAUGACGAAUUAGUGCCGCAUCAGAUUUCAGUAGUUUCUGAAGAACGGUUUUACACUAAGUGGAAUCCUGCAGCGUCGCCAUCAGAUACAGGUGAAGUUAAUUUCCAGAGUGGCAUCAUUGCAGCCAGGUGUGCUAUCAAUAAACUUCACCAAGAGCUUGGAGCCAAGGGUUUCAUUCAGGUAUAUGUGGAUCAAGUUGAUGAAGACAUAGUGGCAGUAACAAGACACUCACCUAGUAUCCAUCAAUCAGUUGUGUCUGUGUCUAGAACUGCUUUCAGGAAUCCCAAAACUUCAUUUUACAGCAAGGAAGUACCUCAAAUGUGCAUCCCUGGCAAAAUUGAAGAAGUAGUUCUGGAAGCUAGGACUGUUGAGAGAAACACAAAACCUUAUAGGAAGGAUGAGAAUUCAAUCAAUGGAAUGCCAAAUAUCACCGUAGAAAUUAGAGAACAUAUUCAGCUUAAUGAAAGUAAAAUUGUUAAACAAGCUGGAGUUACCACAAAAGGACCCAAUGAAUACAUUCAAGAAAUAGAAUUUGAAAACUUGUCUCCAGGAAGUGUUAUUAUAUUCCGAGUUAGUCUUGAUCCACAUGCACAAGUCGCCGUUGGAAUUCUCCGAAAUCAUCUAACACAGUUCAGUCCUCACUUUAAAUCUGGGAGUCUUGCUGUUGACAAUGCAGAUCCUAUAUUGAAAAUUCCUUUUGCUUCUAUUGCCUCUAAAUUAACUUUGGCUGAGCUGAAUCAGGUACUUUACCGAUGUGAAUCAGAAGAACAAGAAGAUGGUGGAGGGUGUUAUAACAUACCAAACUGGUCACCUCUUAAAUACGCAGGUCUUCAAGGAUUAAUGUCCGUGAUGGCAGAAAUAAGACCACGGAAUGACUUGGGGCAUCCCUUUUGUGAUAAUUUGCGAUCUGGAGAUUGGAUGAUUGACUAUGUCAGCAAUCGGCUUAUUUCACGAUCAGGAACUAUUGCUGAAGUUGGUAAAUGGCUGCAGGCCAUGUUCUUCUACCUGAAGCAGAUCCCACGUUACCUCAUCCCAUGUUAUUUUGAUGCCAUAUUAAUUGGUGCAUACACCACUCUUCUGGAUACAGCAUGGAAACAGAUGUCAAGCUUUGUUCAGAAUGGUUCUACCUUUGUGAAACACCUUUCACUGGGUUCAGUCCAAAUGUGUGGAGUAGGAAGAUUCCCUUCUCUGCCACUUCUUUCCCCUUCACUUACGGAUGUACCAUACAGGCUGAAUGAGAUCACAAGAGAGAAGGAGCAAUGUUGUGUGUCACUGGCUGCAGGUUUACCUCAUUUUUCUUCUGGCAUUUUCCGCUGCUGGGGAAGGGAUACUUUUAUUGCACUUAGAGGGCUACUGCUGAUUACUGGACGCUAUUUGGAAGCCAGGAAUAUUAUUUUAGCAUUUGCUGGUACCCUGAGACACGGUCUCAUUCCUAAUCUCCUGGGUGAAGGAACUCAUGCCAGAUAUAAUUGCCGGGAUGCCGUGUGGUGGUGGCUGCAGUGCAUUCAGGAUUAUUGUAAAAUGGUUCCAAAUGGUCUAGAUAUUCUCAAGUGCCCAGUUUCCAGAAUGUAUCCUACAGAUGAUUCUGUUCCUUUGUCUGCUGGCACACUGGAUCAACCAUUGUUUGAAGUAAUACAGGAAGCUAUGCAAAGACACAUGCAGGGGAUACAGUUCCGCGAAAGGAACGCUGGCCCACAGAUAGACCGGAACAUGAAGGAUGAAGGUUUUAACAUAACGGCAGGGGUUGAUGAAGAAACAGGAUUUGUUUAUGGAGGAAACCGCCUAAAUUGUGGUACCUGGAUGGAUAAAAUGGGAGAAAGUGACAGAGCCAGAAACAAAGGAAUCCCAGCCACUCCAAGAGAUGGGUCUGCUGUGGAAAUUGUGGGCCUGAGUAAAUCUGCUGUUCGUUGGUUGCUGGAAUUAUCCAAAAAAAAUAUUUUUCCUUAUCAUGAAGUGACAGUAAAAAGACACGGAAAGGUUGUGAGAGUCUCAUAUGAUGAGUGGAACAGAAAAAUACAAGACCACUUCGAAAAGUUCUUUUAUGUGUCGGAAGACCCUUCAGAUGUCAAUGAAAAGCAUCCCAAUCUGGUGCACAAACGUGGCGUGUACAAAGAUAGCUAUGGAGCUUCAAGCCCUUGGUGCGACUACCAGCUCAGGCCUAAUUUUACCAUAGCAAUGGUUGUGGCCCCAGAGCUCUUUACUAUUGAGAGAGCAUGGAAGGCUUUGGAGAUUGCAGAAAAAAAGUUGCUUGGUCCUCUUGGCAUGAAAACUUUGGAUCCAGAUGAUAUGGUUUACUGUGGAACUUAUGACAAUGCCUUAGACAAUGACAACUACAAUCUUGCUAAAGGUUUCAAUUAUCACCAAGGACCUGAGUGGCUGUGGCCCGUUGGAUAUUUUCUUCGUGCGAAAUUAUAUUUUUCCAAAUUGAUGGGUCCAGAGGCUACUGCAAAGACUAUAUUUUUGGUUAAAAAUGUUCUUUCUCGACAUUAUGUUCAUCUAGAGCGAUCCCCUUGGAAAGGACUUCCAGAACUGACCAACGAGAAUGGACAAUACUGUCCUUUCAGCUGUGAAACACAAGCCUGGUCAAUUGCCACUAUUCUUGAAACACUCCAUGACUUAUAGUUGACUCAUUAAGUGUGCAGUCAAUUGUGCUGUUGAAUGCAAGGUCAUACUGUAAUGUAAAUGCUUCAUAUGCACAUGCGCAAGUCAUUUUAACAUCUCAUUCAUAUAAUAACGCCCACUGUAAAGCAUUGGUUUUUCUUUUUCAUUCUCUUUUUUUUUUUAAUGUACAGAGUAGCUUUUGAUUUGAGUAAGAAAAAAAUCAUCACUACCAAUGGAAUGUUUUUCUUUUGAAGUCAGGAAGUAGUCUUCAAAUGCCUCGAAGUAAAUAAAUUGAAAUCCAAAGUUUUAAAAGAAAAGUCAUGUAAUCUUAUAUUUGUACAUAAGUGACAAUGAAAUGUGAGGAUGUCAUAAUGAAAGAAAUGGAAAAGUAUCUUUAAACUGUGGUCUAUGUUUUCCUCAGUAGCAAUACAUACGAAAUAGGCUGUGUAAUUAAUGUUCUCACCUUUACUGUAGGGUUUCCAGCACCUUCCACACUGUGUUCAAUAAAUACUAGAUUAAUGUUGAA